AUGGCAACGACUACUUGCACACGUUUCACAGAUGAAUACCAGCUGUACGAGGAGCUUGGCAAGGGGGCCUUUUCAGUGGUGCGCCGCUGUGUCAAACUCUGCACAGGCCAAGAGUACGCCGCCAAAAUUAUCAACACCAAAAAACUCUCGGCCAGAGACCAUCAGAAGCUGGAGAGAGAAGCCAGGAUCUGCAGAUUGCUCAAGCACUCCAACAUUGUUCGUCUCCAUGACAGUAUCUCAGAGGAGGGCUUCCACUAUCUCCUUUUUGACCUGGUGACAGGAGGGGAGCUGUUCGAGGAUAUUGUGGCUAGAGAGUACUACAGUGAAGCAGAUGCCAGUCAUUGUAUCCAGCAGAUCCUGGAGGCCGUGCUCCACUGCCAUCAGAUGGGGGUGGUACACAGAGACCUCAAGCCAGAAAACCUGCUGCUCGCCAGCAAGUGUAAGAACGCGGCAGUGAAGCUGGCCGACUUUGGACUCGCUAUUGAGGUUCAAGGAGACCAGCAGGCUUGGUUUGGCUUUGCAGGGACCCCCGGCUACUUGUCCCCAGAGGUGCUGAGGAAGGAGGCAUAUGGUAAACCUGUAGACAUCUGGGCAUGCGGUGUGAUCCUCUACAUCCUUCUGGUUGGAUACCCUCCGUUCUGGGACGAGGACCAGCACAAACUCUACCAGCAGAUCAAAGCCGGAGCGUACGAUUUUCCCUCCCCAGAGUGGGACACAGUGACUCCGGAGGCUAAAAAUCUGAUCAACCAGAUGCUGACUAUCAACCCAGCAAAGAGAAUCACUGCCCAGGAGGCUCUGAAGCACCCAUGGGUCUGCCAACGCUCAACAGUGGCCUCUAUGAUGCACAGACAGGAGACAGUCGAGUGCCUGAAGAAGUUUAACGCCAGGAGGAAACUCAAGGGAGCCAUUUUGACCACCAUGCUAGUCUCCAGGAACUUCUCUGUGGGUCGGCAGACCACAGCCCCGGCCUCCGUCAGCGCCGUGGCCGGAACCACCGCUGGCAUUGUGGAGCAAGCAGCCAAGAGUCUCCUCAACAAGAAGGCUGACGUCAAGCCCCAGACAAACAGCACGAGAAACAGCAUAGUCACCAGUCCCAAAGGCAACAUCCCCUCUGCUGCACUGGAGCCUCAGACUACUGUCAUCCAUAAUCCAGUAGAUGGGAUCAAGGAAUCAUCUGACAGCAGCAACACUACUAUUGAGGAUGAAGAUGUGAAAGCUCGCAAACAGGAGAUCAUAAAGAUCACAGAGCAGCUUAUUGAAGCUGUCAACAAUGGAGACUUUGAGGCCUACGCGAAGAUCUGCGACCCCGGUCUGACCUCGUUUGAGCCGGAGGGGCUGGGUAAUCUGGUGGAGGGGAUGGACUUCCACAGAUUUUACUUUGACAAUCUCCUCUCCAAGAACAGCAAACCCAUCCACACCACCAUCCUCAACCCUCACGUGCACAUGAUCGGGGACGACGCCGCCUGCAUCGCCUACAUCCGCCUGACGCAGUUCGUCGACGGGCAGGGCCGUCCCCGCUCCAGCCAAUCAGAAGAGACCAGAGUAUGGCACCGCAGGGAAAGCCGGUGGCAAAACGUCCACUUCCACUGCUCAGGAGCUCCUGCUGCCCCGCUGCAGGGAUGAGGCAGAUGAGCAGGCAGAGAGGAGCAGAGAAGGAAUCACUGGAGGAUGUGAGUGAGCGUAUGGGACUGAGAGAGAGGUGCAGGUGGAUGGAGGGUGGUGUGAAGGAGUCUGAGGAGUCUGAGUCUGGGACGAGGCUCGUCCUCCUGCACUCUGCACACCCACCUCGCUCUUCUCUCUCUGCCUCUCUACAAUCUCAACCACAGACAUCGCCAAAACCUACGCUACAGCAGAGAGCAUAUCAGCCAAACAGAAAACUCUCGAACCCGCGCCCUGUCUUCGGUCGGCCCGGAUGUGGCUGCACACCUGGACGACACCUGUCCUCCUCGCCUGUAUUCUGCGGCGCACAGCCUCCAGCGCAGCGCUCUCCCGUCCAACGUUUCUCCUUUUACUUCUCCUCAAACAUAAAUUCUUGUUACUUACUUCUAGUAUUAUUAUGGCUGCAGUCUAUCGUUGUGCUCUUUCAACUGUACAGUAUAUUUCUAAGUCAUUUUAAACCCUUCAUUCUGGUACAGCUUCUUUUUUUAUGACGAGCAUGACUCUGCCUGUGUUCUUAUUACCAGUGGCUGUUUUUCUGCACGACUAAGGCUGCCUGUGUGAAAUGAACAAACAGCACGUGUCUCACAGAGAGAGACCAGUGGGUGUAUUUAAUUAUCCCUUUUGUUUUGUUAUUCAGUGGAGCUUCUUCCCUCUUCCUCUGGAGUGUAGUUGACCCUGAACCGGCGCCUCCGCGUGUUCGCCGGACCCCUCUGAGCCGCUCUGUGAGACAGUGAAAACCAUGCAGCAUGCUAAGAUAUUACUGUCGUUCUUAAUCCAAUCUCUGUGUACUGAACAUUGCAAGUUAACUACUGAAAUUAUGACAAUGGUUGAAAUGAUAGUAUCACGUUUAUGUAAAUUUCCCGUUUCAUCGUGGUGACUUAACUACAACUAUGCUGUAGAUGGUAUUUAAUUGCAUGAUAUUCCGAGUUAAUAACAUUGGUAAGUUGGGUGUUAUCGUGCAUUUUGUUGAUUUCUCUCUUUUUGGACUGAACUGUUGCUGAGCUAUAAUCUAUUGCCUCUAUUUUCUGGGCUUUGUAAGUGCAUAAACUAUUUUUGUGUUGAUAUGAUAGUGUAGUGCACGAGGAUGCUGGUGAGGAUCAGAACACGUCUUUUAAAGAAACUGCUGGAUCCAGAUCAGUUUUAAAAUGGCUGUUGACAAAGACAAAACAUAACAUGAUUAAUGUUUAAUUUGUCAGAGUGGAACAGACUGAAGAAAAUGUCACACCUCAGAUUUUACAUCAGGGUCUUAAUUUUCUGCUUUUUAAAAUGCAGCUUUUUACUUCACACUUCUAAAGAACAUAUAUGUUUAUUUAAAAAGCUCAAGAUGGACACAGGCAGGAUUUUAGACACCAAACACCAAAAUUAAAGUCUGUUAAUUAUUAGCAUUCACUUAAUGGUUUGGUCAUAUUUUCUGUAAAUUUUAUGCCCCAACAUAGAGGCUCCAUCCUGCGUGAUAAUACACCAACCUGUCCUCAAGAGGGCGCUAACCUGCAACACCAGAGAGUUACUGUGUGUCUGAGUCUGCUGCAGGGUUCAAACUGUGAAUGUGAUCAGAGUGAGCGUGGGAACUAACACACAAGUCUCUGUUACUUCAUUACAAACAGCUUUUAUAGUAUUUUACGAUUGCUUUGGCUCAGUUUUUACACCGGAGAAUUGAGAGUGGCACCACAAAAUGUUUUAUUUUUUUCCUUAAAAAACACACAAAACUCACAAAAAUGAAUUAGAGCUGAAAUUCAUCGGAUCAUCGUGGAUUCAGGAAAUUCAUCAGCAACAAUUUUGAUAAAUCAUUUAAGUCACUUUUCGAACCAAAGUGCCAAACAUCAUUUUAACCUGAAUGUCUUUCUGGUUUUGACUGUUGGUCGGACAAAACAAGCAAUACACGAUUUCUGUUUUCUGUAAAGGCUCAACAAUCGAUUGAUUAAUCAAGAUAACAAUCUGCAGAUUGAUGCUGACAGUGAUCAUUAGUUGCAGCUAUAAUCUGUAUCAAAUGAGGUAGUACAUCAUGCAUGGAGUUUAUCAGAGCAUUACAACAUUGUACAUGUUCAUCACUGAAUUUCAAUCAGUGUUGCAUUUUAAAAUAUAAUAAGAUCAUCAUGAAAUUCUGCUUUUAAACUGACUCUGAAUCUUAUUAUAAAUCAUUCAGCAGAGGUCAGUUCAUCAGGGUUUCAAACUUGGAUUCAGUGAUCUGUGUAUUUACCUUUAUUUCUACAGUACAGUGCAUUUCUAAACAAAGUUAACAUGCUUUACAGAGGGAAAAGUCACAUGAAAACAGUUCAGCACUAUAGUUGCAGUGCACAAAACCAAACAAAUAAGAGAACAGAGAACAACACAAUACACUAACACAUUAUUUAAGCAUAUUGUCUUUUUAUUAGUCUUACAAAGCCCUUAUUAAUGCCUUAUUAGGGUUAAUAAGAUCUUAAUUGAUGUAUAACAACUUCUUUACUGACUAUCAAUAAGCAGCAGUCAGGAGGUCUUUGAGGAAGGCUCCAGUAAUAGUAGAUCAUGCAGUUCAUGCAGAAGAAGGCAUUAAUAAAUGAUUUAUAAUGACUAAUAAAUAGCCAUUAUGCUACUAAUAUGCAUGCUAAUAAGCAGCUAGUUAAUGGUGAAUGUGUGUACUUUAGUAUAAAGUGUUACCUGUCCAGCAAUAAAAUGAGAUAAAAACAGUAAGAUAGUAAAACUUCAAUGAAAGGCUUUUUCAAAAAGAUUAUUUUGGACAAGUAAUAUUCUAAUCUACUGGAUUAUAAUCACUGACAUUUGUACUAAUAUGAGGAGACUUCUGAGGGCUGAUCGUGUGAUUUUUGUGUUUUUUUGCUUAAAGGACAGCAGGUACCGAGUUGAGCUCGUUUUUAUGUGUUGAAAAAUGAACCGAAGUGAUCGUAAAGCACUGAAAAUCAGUCAGCUGUUAUUCACAGUGGAGCCAUCGUUACCACAGACUCUCUGCAGCUUCUGUGUGCAGUUUCCUUUGAUUUUUCUAACACUUAAACUCUCAGACAGGCCGUGAAGCCCAAACCAACAGUCCUUCUUCCUGUCCGGUCCAAACCCUCAUGGUGUCAGUGCUCUAAUAGGAUCGCUGCUCACUUACAGUAAAUGUCCCCUUUGACAAACAAUCCUUAUUCCAUUAGUAUCUGGCCUUGGUGUCACGUUCAGGCUGAACUCAGACGCCUCAGGAGAGCGUCGUGAUUUAUUUUCCUCAGUUCACGUGAAGACGACGGAGUAAUAGAACGCUGCUGUAUGUAAAACGAAGCUUUUCUCGUUUCUUUUUUAAAUUUAUUAUACUUAUACUGAUGAUGUUGAUGAUGAUUCCUCUGGUGUGCAUUCCAAGUCUUAUCAAUAUUAAAAUGUGAUCAGGUGUAAUCAGUGUGUGAACCAAUAAAACGA